UCAGUGUGAGGAGGCGGGAGGAUGCUAGCCAAUCAGCGUGCACGAUAGGCGAAGCAGGGGGUUGAGGAGUCCUGCGCGGACGCUCCCGGCUCCCGAGCUUCUGUCAGGGGAGUCGGGCGUGUGGAGGCGGCUGAGGAGGCGAGAGGGCAGCAGUUGGGUGUACAGGCGAUUGCUGACCUGCGGGGAGGAGAUCCAAAGGAGUGGGCAACCAUGGUGAUGGCGGCGAAGAAGGGCCCAGGCCCGGGUGGCGGGGUCGGCGGGGGAAAGGCGGAGGCGGAGGCGGCCUCGGAAGUGUGGUGUCGCCGGGUGCGGGAGCUGGGCGGCUGCAGCCAGGCCGGGAACCGCCACUGCUUCGAGUGCGCCCAGCGCGGGGUCACCUACGUGGAUAUCACUGUGGGCAGCUUCGUCUGCACCACCUGCUCCGGCCUCCUGAGAGGCCUGAACCCCCCUCAUCGAGUCAAGUCCAUCUCCAUGACAACCUUCACUGAGCCUGAAGUAGUAUUCCUACAAUCCCGAGGAAAUGAGGUUUGCAGAAAAAUUUGGCUGGGUCUUUUUGAUGCUCGAACAUCUUUGAUACCAGAUUCCAGGGAUCCUCAGAAGGUGAAGGAGUUUCUGCAGGAAAAAUAUGAGAAGAAGAGAUGGUAUGUGCCCCCAGACCAAGUCAAGGGACUGGCUUAUACCAAAGGCAGUGCCUCCACCCCCAUGCAGGGCUCCAUCCCAGAAGGGAAGCCCCUGCGGACACUUCUGGGUGAUUCUGUGCCAUCUCUUGCAGCUGCUGCCUCCACUGCCAGCCAGUCUGUCAGUCAGUCUCAGCCUCGGACAUCCCAGCCCCGGAGCUCUCAGCCACCUCCCCACUCCUCUAUCAAGAAAGCCAGUACUGACCUGCUGGCUGACAUCGGUGGAGACCCCUUUGCUGCUCCCCAGGGGGCACCAGCUUUUGCUGCAUUCCCAGCAUGUGGGGGCCAGACACCUUCCCAUGGGGGCUUUGCCAACUUCGACGCCUUUGGCAGUAGUCCCAGCUCCUCAGCCUUUGGAAGCAUUCCUCCAGCUGGCCAAGCCCUGUUCCAGGCCCAGCCUCCACCCACAGCCAGUUGGAUGCUAACUGGAAGUUACCACUUUGGGAGCAGCCAGAUGACACCAUUUGGUGCUUCUUUCACACCUGCCAGUCAGCCCAACAGUCUUGCAGAUAUGGGCAGCUUCCUGGGGCCCAGGGCGCCAGCUGGAAGUAUUCCUGGCAGCGUCUUUGGGAUGGCUGGCCAGGUCCCCACAGUGCAGUCGACCACGACUGGUGGAGGUGGUGGUGCAGGGCUUGCCUUUGGAGGCUUCACCAACCCCUUCACCACCCCUGCUGUUCACUCCCAGCUGCCUUCCACCAACCCGUUCCAGCCCAAUGGCUUGGCCACAGGGCCUGGCUUUGGGAUGAGCAGUGCUGGAACUGGCUUUCCCCAGUCAGUGCCAACUGGCAGGGCCUUUGCCAGCACCUUCCCCCCACCGCUGUUCCCUCCACAGACCUCGGUGGCCCAGCAGCAGAAUGGCUCUUCCUUCAGCGACUUAGGAUCAGCCAAGCUGGGGCAGAGGCCACUGAGCCAGCCAGCUGGCACAUCCACCAACCCCUUCAUGACUGGAUCCUCCUCAAGCCCUUUUGCCUCCAAACCUCCAACCACCAACCCAUUCUUGUAGCACCGUGUCCUGGGGGCCGCGUCCCUGCUCCCUUGCUCUACUCCCUGGGGCUCUGGUGACCACUUGCCUGUGGCAUUUCUGUGGGUCUGAGACCAAAAGAGCCCUGUUGUACAGGGUAGGGGGCCUGGGGAUGGGUGGGCAUCCUAAUGCUUUGCUUGGGGCUUGCAGAUAACAGGGCAGCUUCUGGAUCACUUGCCCGCAAGGCUUCUCCCUCCUUCCCUGCAGUCCCACCCAGGUGGGAGAAGGCCAGCCUGGAGGAGCACUGGUGUUUUAUUUCCCAUAUUAUUAAUUAGGAUGACAGUCUUGCUGCUCUCAGGCCCCCUGCUUACACUGCACUCCCUCCCCUCCCAGCCAGUGGGGCGGAGGAAGCUGUGGGCACAGACUGACUGCCGUCCCCUGGGAACAACUCCCCCUGCCCAACUGUCCAGCGUUGUCCCUUCGUGGACAGAACACAGUGGAGAAAGAAGGGUAAAAGUGGACAUGAGGUUCGUUGUUGACAGGCCAGGGGCCAGAGUGCCCUCGGUGCCCCUGACUCAGCCAGCACGCCCUUUUCUCCCCACCCCCACAGGAAAAGGAGGCCCUCUUGUUUUUGCUUCCCUUGCCCCCUCCUUCAUCCAGGGUGCUCAGGAUGAGUAGUUUUACCUACCUACUUAGACCUGCCCAACUCCUGGCAAGCACUUUAGUUAGCCAUGGUGUCAUGUUUGGAUACCAUUGUUUUAUAUUUAUACAUAGAAUUUUCUAAUAUAGCCUGUUAUAUAUAUAUAUGCACACACACAUACAGAUAUGCACUUGCAGCCAUUGCCCUUCCCAGACAACUUACUACAGGAGGAAUGGAAUGAAUCCCCAUCUGUGCCUCUACCAGCAGAGCUGGAACUCCAGAGGGUAGUGGGGAGAGGGCAGUCCCAUGUCCCAGAGCCUGGGCAUUUCCAGGAAAAGGCUUUGUACUAUUGGCUGGUUUUUUUUCUUUUUCCAUGUGCCUCCUUCCCCUUCCCUCAAAUCUCUGCACCCAAGCUGCUGCAGGCAAUGCUGGAAAAGAACUGCCUUUGAAAGAGAAA